AUGUUAGCAUCAUAUAAAAAAGUAAAGCACCAGGCUAGAACUUAUAAGCAAAAAAUGCUUAUUAUUAAUAAAGUCAAGAAUGAUGAUAAUAACACUCUAACUUAUUUAGUUAGAGCAGCAACUUCACUCAUAAAAGUUGAUACAUUUUAUGACAAUGCGUUGAAAAUAUCUUUAUUAAAGAGAAAAUCUUCAAAUGGAAACUUUGUAUUAGUUAAAACAAUAGCAGGGUUGACGUUGGGAAAUAUUCAUACAGUUUUGUCUCUUUUAUUUGAAGUAAAUUGGGCAAAAACAGCUCGUGUCGAGAAAAUGGAAUUUAAAUAUCAAUUUCCAUAUUUUGGAUUCAACAGAGAAAGAAAAAGAACAUAA